AUGCCUCCCCUCAAACUCCUCUGCCUCCACGGCUACACACAAUCCGGCCCCCUCUUCCACGCCAAAUCCCGCGCCGUGAUAAAACACCUCACGAAGACCCUCCUCCCCACAACCGGCUACACAAUCACAACGACCUACCCAACGGGUCCCAUCCACCUCCUCCCCUCCGACAUUCCUGGCUACGAGCCCUCUACCACACAAGGGGGCUCCUCCACCACCAGCGAUGACACUCCCACCGAAGCCUACGGGUGGUUUCGACGCUCCUCGACCGCGAACCCACCGCUCUACACGGACCUGCACCUGGGUCUAGAGACGAUCGCGAACGUGAUCAAGACGGAGGGGCCGUUUGACGGUGUAGUGGGGUUCUCGCAGGGAGCGGCGAUGGCGGCGAUUGUGGCGGCGUUGUUGGAGCCCGGGAGGGAGGAGGUGAUGAGUAGGUUUGCGAAGGAGGGGAGUGUGUUUGAGGAGAACGGGGAGAAUGUUAAGGGAUUUGAAGUGCCGAGUGCUUGGUGGGAGUGUGUGAGGAGUGUUGGGCAGAGGGAGUUGAAGUUUGCGGUGUGUUAUAGUGGGUUUCGGGCGCCGGGGCCGAGGUAUAGGGGGUUUUAUGAGGGUGGGGUGAAGACACCUGUGUUGCAUGUGUUGGGGUCGUUGGAUGCGGUUGUGGAUGAGGGGAGGAGUAGGGCGUUGGUGGAGGUCACUGAUGCGGUGGAUGUGGAGGGGAGGGUGGUGGUGCAUCCUGGGGGGCAUUUUGUGCCGGCGCAGAGGCCGUAUUUGGAUGCUGUGGUGGGGUUUGUGAGGGGGGUUCUUGGGGAUGGUAAUGCGGCUGGGGGGAAGAAGGAGAAGGAGGAGGUGGAUGUUAAUGAGAUGGAGUUGCCGUUUUAA